GAACAGCUCUGGUUCUCACAACAGCAAUCAUCAAGAAACCAAAGAAAAAACCAGUGUGCAGAGCUGCUCAAUGGCUACUGCAGUAGCUUCAACCUCAUCUUCUCUCCUCUCCUCCUCUCUCUCAUCUCCACCUUCAUCUUCCUCUCUCUCACCUCUCAUCCGUCUCUCCCUCUCAUCCAGUCCACGUCACUCUCUCUCAUCAUCCCUCUCCAUUUCUCCAUCUUUCCUUCCACUUACCUCAAAAUCUCCCAAAACAGCUGCUUCUUCAUUAUCAUUCACCAUCAAGGCAGAGAAGAAGAAUGUGCUCAUCGUCAACACCAACAGUGGCGGCCAUGCAGUCAUCGGCUUCUACUUCGCCAAGGAGCUUCUUGCUUCCGGGCACAGUGUCACGGUCCUGACUGUGGGUGAGGAGGCCUCUGACAAGAUGAAGAAGCCGCCGUUCAAUAGAUUCUCAGAGAUUGUGAGUGGUGGUGGCAAGACAGUGUGGGGGGAACCGGCAGACAUCGGGAAGGUUCUAGAAGGCGCUGCAUUUGACGUGGUUUUGGAUAACAAUGGCAAGGAUUUGGAUGCAGUGAGGCCUGUAAUAGAUUGGAGCAAGAGCAUUGGGGUAAAGCAAUUCCUGUUUAUUAGCAGUGCUGGGAUUUACAAGCAAACAGAUGAACCUCCUCAUAUUGAAGGGGAUGCUGUGAAAGGUGAUGCUGGUCAUGUUGGAGUUGAGAAAUACCUCUCAGACACUUUCGAUAACUGGUCAUCGUUCCGCCCACAGUACAUGAUUGGCUCUGGAAACAACAAGGAUUGCGAGGAAUGGUUCUUCGACCGCAUUGUUAGAGGCAGACCUGUCCUGAUCCCUGGCUCUGGGAUGCAGUUGAGCAAUAUCUCUCACGUGAGAGACCUGUCAUCUAUGCUCACUGCGGCAGUUGAAAAGCCGGAUGCUGCAAAGGGUAACAUCUUCAACUGUGUGAGUGACCGCGCCGUGACACUUGAUGGAAUGGCAAAGCUAUGCGCUAAAGCUGCAGGACUACCCGUGGAGAUAGUGCAUUAUGAUCCAAAAGCAGUGGGUGUUGAUGCAAAGAAAGCGUUUCCAUUCCGCAACAUGCAUUUCUACGCGGAGCCACGAGCUGCAAAGGCGAUUCUUGGAUGGAGUGGCACAUCAAACCUUCCAGAGGACUUGAAGGAGCGAUACGAAGAGUAUGUUAAGAUUGGAAGAGACAAGAAAGAGAUUAAAUUUGAGUUAGAUGACAAGAUUCUAGCAGCACUCAAAGUACCUGUCACAGUAUGAUAACUGUUUCCCAAACAACUGGUAUAAAGCAUGCCUGUUAAUUUGGGGAAGCGAGCCAAUUUUUCGGAAUAAGUACAAUGCUCUCUAGUCUCUGGAUAUUUUUGUGGAAAAAUGAACUUUUAUCUUCGUCAGGAACUUCGCCUCUCAAUCUGAAUACUCGAUUCAGUAUCACUGUACUUGAAUAUUCCUUGCUUUCUAUUUCUUGCCAAUCCGGUGGGGGUAGAGAUGCGACUAAAUGAUUCAGACAAUUCUGAUA